AUUUUCCCCACAUUAACAAAAGUAGUUCGGGUUUGGCAUGACCCGGCUUGAAAAAAAAAAAUAACAGUAGCUUCUCGAAUCUCAUUUCACUUGUCACGCGUAGUAGCAGUCGCUAGUCGGAACCGGCAAGAACAUGAAGCUGCGGCUGCGAAUCCUCCUCAUUGCUCUGGUGUUGUGCGUCCCAUUUUCUUCUUCUUCGAAGCCCAAGGACCCGUUCCUUGGAAUCGCUCCCGAAGAUGACAAGUAUUAUAGAGCUUCCGAUGUUAUAAGAUGUAAAGAUGGAUCCGGAAAAUUCACCAAGGCGCAGCUCAAUGAUGAUUUUUGCGAUUGCGCUGAUGGCACCGAUGAACCGGGUAAAUCGGCAUGUCCGGCUGGAAGAUUUUUUUGUCGGAAUGCAGGACAUUCUCCUGUUGACUUGUUUUCAUCCAGAGUGAAUGAUGGAAUUUGCGAUUGCUGUGAUGGAACUGACGAAUAUGAUGGUAAAGUAAAGUGUCCAAAUACCUGCUGGGAGGCUGGGAAAGUGGCUCGAAAUAGACUGGAAAAAAAGAUUGCAACUUAUGAAGAGGGUGUCAAAUUGCGAAAGCAAGAAAUUGAACAAGCUAAAGUGGCUAUCGAGAAGGAUGAGGCAGAACUUUCACAAUUAAAAAAGGAAGAAAGUAUACUUAAAGUGGUUGUAAAACAGUUAAAGGAUCAUAAAGAACAAAUAGAGAAGGCAGAGGAGAAAGAACGUUUACAGAAAGAAAAGGAAGAGAUGCAGAAAAAGGAGUCUGAGAAGAAGGCUAAUGAAACAAUAGAUAAAACUGAUGAAGAUAUGGAGAAUAGAAAUGAAGCUGGAAAGCAUUCGGAGUUAGAAGAUAAUGAUGUAGAAAAUAAUCAUGAUAAAAUCGAAAAUCUAGAGGGUUCUCAUGCAGAUCAGGAUGAAGCAGGGAAGAAAUUAGCAGAUGCACUUGAUAAUGAUGAUCGAGACAGAGAUGCUCCUGGAAGUGAAGGAUCUUCGCAUAAUAUAGUAGAAGAGAAUGCAAAAAAAUCCAAUGAAGAACCUAUUGUUAAAUCUGAGGUUAAUGAUAAGGCUGGAAACGAAGUGUCCUCUGAUGAAAACGUCAGUAAGGGGAAUGACGUAACUGAAAACACUGAGGGAUUAUCGAGGGAAGAGUUGGGCCGGCUUGUUGCUUCACGUUGGACAGGAGAAAAUACUGAUGUCCAAAGUGCUGGAACUGAUACUAAAUUAGACAAAGAAGAUCUUCCAAAGGAGACAAAAAAGGACGAAUAUGAAGGCUAUAAUUCUGAAACUGAUGAUGAGAGCAACAGAUAUGAUGAUGAUGUCCACAAAUAUGAUGAUGAAGAUGACGUUGACGAGGAAUAUCAAGAGGACGAGCAUGAUGAUGACCUUAGUUCCUCAUCUAAAUCCGAUUCUGAUAAUGAACCAGACUUGUCAGAUAAUCCUUCUUGGUUAGAGAAAAUACAGAAAACAGUACGAAAUAUUUUUCAGGCUGUCAACUUAUUCCAGGCUCCAGUGAAUCAGACAGAUGCUGCUCGUGUACGCAAGGAAUAUGAUGAAUCAAGUGCCAAGUUGUCUAAAAUACAGUCUAGAAUAUCAAGUCUGACGCAAAAGCUAAAACAUGAUUUUGGCCCAGCAAAGGAGUUUUAUACAUUCUAUGAUCAGUGCUUUGAGGGCAAGGAGAACAAGUACACUUACAAAGUCUGCCCCUAUAAACAGGCUUCUCAAGAGGAGGGUUAUUCCACCACCCGUUUGGGGCGCUGGGACAAAUUUGAGGAUUCAUACAAAGUAAUGGUGUUCUCUAAUGGCGAUAAAUGCUGGAAUGGUCCUGAUAGGAGUUUGAAGGUCAAGCUAAGAUGUGGGUUGAAAAAUGAGAUUACUGAUGUAGAUGAACCAAGCCGUUGCGAAUAUGUAGCUUUAUUAUCUACUCCAGCCCUUUGUCAAGAGGAAAAGCUAAAGGAGUUACAACACAAGCUAGAGUUAUUGAAUACGGAACAACCAGCAAACCAUGAUGAGUUGUGAACAACCAGGAUGGAUUUUAAAAGGUAGUAUGAUGAUCAUCAUGUAACUGAAGAAGUGGUGCCCUUAAGUUUUGUAUGCUAGAGCUUACCCAAAUUUGAUAUUGGGUGGGGUUAUGGAGAGGCUAGGAACAUCUUUGACUAGAUAUUGGUAAUCCUUAUGGCUGUCCGAGUUGGCAACAUUCUAAUAUGACUAAUCCCAUUGCACACUUUUCCAUUGUUGAACUCAAAUACGCAAGGUCUCUGCCUCGGCUUGAAAUUGUCCAUUCCAUUACCGGAGGGUGGAUAUUAAUACUAUAUGCAAUACUAGCGACGGUCAGAAUUUCUUCAGCCAAAUUUUGUUAGAAUGAGUACUUUAUUAUCGAUUUUAAGAUAGAUAAGUGGUUUCAACAAUCAUCAUUAUAUCAUUAUACACUCACGU